GAAAAAAAAUAGAAAGAAACAAGAAAAAGACAUUGAAGAGAGUGAUUCUGUGUUCAGUGGAGAUAGCGGGAGAGCCAUUGUAUGUUUUGAGCAGUGCAGACAAAGUGUUGGAAGGAGUGAAUGAGAGUGAAACUGUGUUCAGGAAGAGAGAGUGUGUUGAGAGGACAGAGAGAGGGAGAAAGCAGAAGAAUGAUGGAGACCCUGAGGAACAAAGACAGAUGAAGAUGACCUACAUAACUGCUGUGUCUUGCUUGGAAAGCUGCAUUGUAAAGAACAGGGGCCCUGAGCUCAUAUUUAAAUGGGGAGCAUGUGUCAAGUGCCAUGGAUCCAUGGGACUGUACCUUAAUAAAUAACUGAACAGGAGCAUACACUCACACAGCGCUGUGGCCCUAACAGUAGAACAUCUGUAAUGGAGAGGAACUUGCAAAUACCCUGGCAAGAGGAUUGCUACAUGGAUCUGAAGUCCUCUUCUCCAAAAUCAGUAACGCGCAACAAGAUGGAAGAUGUGGGUUGGUUGCGUAAACAUCAGAAAAUGCUGCAGCGCUGCAUUUCUGGCCCCUUAUUGGUGGAUGUGGUCAAUCACAUGAAGAAGCAGCACCAGCUGAGCGCCGAGGGGGUGGGGCUUAUUCAGGGCACAGGAUGCUUGGAGGAUAAGGUGCACACAUUGGUUGACCUCCUGUACGUCAGCGAUCCACAAGGCUCUGCUCUCCGUGAAUACCUGCAAUGCUCACAUCCUCAGGUGUACAACCUUGUGGUUCUGUAUGAGUCGGUUGUUCAACAUCAGAAAGACGCCCUGCUCCAGGUAGUCAGAGAAGGUAAUAAAAGUCUCACCGAGCAAGCUGCCAAUCAUACCACUGACCCUGCCCUCUUACUAGUUGAGGGUGUGUCUGACUUACAGCAGAGAGAGCAUGAUCUCAUUCAGGUGUUGGUCAACAGAGGGGCAGGACCUUUGCGUGGUCGUCCACUGACAUUAGACAGACUGCUUGCUUCAUUGACUAGAGUCAGCAUAGCCCCUCGUGUCACGCUAACAGUAGGCGUGUCCGGUAGUGGGAAGAGUCGAUUGGUCGGCCAGUUUGUCCAUCUAUGGACUUUGGGGAAGAUAUACCCUGAGUUGAACUUGGUGUAUCCUCUUGCAUGCUGGGAGUUAAGCAACUUUGAGCGACUUUCGGUCGAGAAGCUACUGCGGUUAAAAGCUCCGCAUGAAAAUACGGACCUGAUAUUGUCUAGCAGUGUUUGCAAAGUGCUGUUGAUUUUUGAUGGGCUGGAGGAAUUACGCUCCCCUUUGGACUUCUCUGAGGCUCCGGUGACGUCUGACCCUCGCCGGGAGCUACUCAUAUCAGACCUUAUCACAAACAUUGUCAGGGGCAACUUGUUGCCGCAUGCAACGCUAUGGCUUUUGUCGAGGCCUGUAGUCGGUGCAAAGGUACCUGCAGGAUUGGUUGACCGUGUAACUGAAGUACCGCCUUUCUCCCGCACACACAUUCAGGAAUAUCUUGCAAACACUCUCAAGCACUCGCAAGAGAACUCUCACACACCCUCGCGACCAUCCACCCUGUCUGAUUCUCUCACACACACAUCAAGGAACACCUCUGAGCAGGUGUGGGCUCACCUUAGCUCCCAGAAGCCUUUACUCCUUUUGUGUUCAGUGCCUGGCAUCUGUCACAUUGUCACAACAACACUGUCCCGCCUUGUGGGGGUGGAUUCGGAGGAUAUUCCUCUCCCACGGACUCUGACUGAAGUGUAUGCUCAUUACUGUUGGCCACAACUCUCAUCCACUGAUGUGCCCAACGAAAGCAUCCGGAAGCAGAUAGCCACGCUUGGCCGCCUGGCCUUCUACAGCCUAUUACGUCAGCGCAGCACAUUCAGUGAGCCUGAGUUCCGAACGUACGGUGCCGAUGUCUUACCACCUGCACCAGGAACUCUGGGACACAGGGUCCUCCGGUGCACGCGGUGCUGGUUCUCGGACUACGUGUGCUGGCGGUUCGUUCACUCCUCUGUGCAGGAGUUUCUUGCCGCACUCUUCUACUAUACAGCUUCGCGCCGAGGCAUGUUCGACCUGUUCUCUGAGAGCAGCGUAUCAUGGCCGAGAAUUGGCUUCCAGAGCCACUACCGUGCCGCUCUGCAGAAGAGAGACAAUGCGGCCAAUGCCAGCCUCGACCUCUUCAUGCGUUUCCUCUCCGGCCUGCUCUCGCCGGCCACUGGCAUGCUGCUUGGUGGGGCCUUGGGUGUGGGCCGUGAGGAGCAAGUGACCCAGCGAACCGUGGUAACGACCCUGCUGCGGAACGCAGUAGUGGGGUCUGGGGGCGAGGUGGUGAGCAUGCACAGUGUAGCCACAGUCACCUGCCUGGCGGAGGUACAGCAGGGGGAGUGGCUACGUUCAGUGGAGGAGGACCUGAUUGGCUGUAGACUGCGUGGGAAGCUGAAGGCCGGAGUGUGCGCGGUGCUGGCAUACCUCCUGCAGGUGUCGGAUGCAUGUGCAAAUGAGACGCAACUCUCAAACUGCCUAGAUGCCACCUCUCUCAAGAGACUCCUCCCCCAGCUUCUGUACUGCAGUAAGCUAAGGAUGGAAAAUAAUGAAUUUAAGGAUGAUGCAAUGGAGCUUCUGGGGAGUUUGCUUAGUGCCAAAGACUGCCGUAUUCAGUGUCUGAGUCUUGCAGAUAGCUCAAUAAGCAGUAAGGGUGUCAAACCCCUUAGUCGAUCCCUUCUAGUCAAUCGCACACUCACCAUACUGGAUCUUCAUGGGAACAAUAUUGGCACCAGAGGAGCAAAGACAUUGGCUGAAGCCCUGAAAAUGAACCAAGUCAUCACAUCACUUAAUCUUCAAAGUAACCACAUAGAGGAUGAGGGAGCUCGUGCUCUAGCUGACGUUCUGCAGUCAAACCGGAAACUCGCCACACUAAAUGUUCAGAAGAAUGGUAUAGGCCCAGAGGGAGUGAAGAGAAUUGCAGACUCCCUGAAACAAAAUCAGACUCUACAAGACCUCAAUGUGUCCAGUAAUCAGCUGGGGAACCAGGGUGCACUGUUCCUGGCUCAAGCUCUUGUGGUGAACCAUACACUUUGUACUCUCAGUCUCCAGAGUAACUCUGUCAGUGACAAAGGCAUGAAGGCUCUUACUCAGGCACUGCGCUCCAAUAGAGGUCUGACCAGCCUCAACCUCAGGGAGAACUCCAUAGGAGUUGAAGGUGCUAAGGCCAUUGCCCAAGCUUUACAGGAGAACAACACACUCAGAGAAUUUGACCUUACAGCUAAUCUUCUCCAUGAUGAAGGAGUGACAGCCAUUGCUGAGGCAGUGAAAGUGAAUCGAGCUCUCACAUCCUUACAUCUCCAGUGGAACUUUAUGAAGGGUGGUGCUGCUAAGGCACUCUCUCAGUCUCUCCACAGCAACACGAGUAUCCAGCUACUGGAUCUACAGGAAAAUGCUCUUGGUGAUGAUGGUGUUGUCUCGCUGGCUGGCGCCCUGAAAGUUAACUCCUCGCUUGUCGCGCUCUAUCUGCAGGGAGUUUCGGCAGGGAACUUGGGGGCCGUGGCACUGGCUGAUGCUCUUAGGGUUAAUCAAACCCUCCACACACUCGAUCUCCGUGGCAAUUCCAUUGGCAUGGGUGGGGCCAAAGCGCUCUCCGUUGCUCUGAAGACCAAUAGGAGUUUGAGAAGUUUAAACCUCCAGGAGAACACUUUAGGUAUGGACGGAGCCAUCUUCAUUGCCACUGCAUUAAGAGGAAAUCAUCAACUCACUUACAUCAAUCUUCAGGGGAACGGAAUCGGUGAAUCGGGAGCAAAGGUCGUUUCGGAUGCCAUAAGGGCUGAUGCUAUGGAAUGCGUUGUGGAUAUCUGACAGAUUAACAUACACUCCUACACUUUGCAAAUUUAUGUCCAUCUAUUACUAUUUAUUAAUUAUAUCUCAGCAUCAAUC